CACUUAAAAUUCAUUAAAUUUUUCUUCUUUAAAUUUUGUUUUAAAUGCUUAAUAUAUUUAUAAAAGUAUAUUUAUUUUUCUUUUUAACGAAAGUUUAUGCAAUUAAGGCCUAAUAUGCAUAAGUGUUUUUACAGUGGUUUUAAACUAAUUAAAUAUUCUGACAUCAUUGGGGCAUAUGUUGAAAAAAACAGCAUGUGAGGAGAUAGUGUCAAAAGGUUUGAGAAAGUGAAAGUUUAAACGAAAUUAAAAACAACAUUAAAAAGAUAGCAAUUUUUUUAUUAAAAUGGGCUGGUGUGUUGUUGUUGGUUGUAGUAAUAAUACUUUUACAAAAAAUAGAGAAAAAAAUAUCAGUUUUUUUCGUUUUCCGUCAAACAUUACCUUGAAAAAGAAAUGGUUAGCUAACAUUAAAAGAGAAAACCCACCUAAAGAGGCGAAGAUUUGUCAUCAGCAUUUUGAGAAUUCAUGUUUUACAAGAGAUUUACAGAACGAACUUCUUAACAAACCACUCAGACGUUUGCUCAAAGAUGACGCUGUUCCAACUUUAUUUCCUCACAACUCAGGAAAACAACCACAAAAGCGAAGAUCCGGCAUUCUAAGAGAGGAGACUGCAGUCAAACGAAAACUAUGUGAAGAUGCAAUCAUUCACAAUGAAGAAGUAAAACACUUGGAACUUGAGAUGAAUUCUAAAGGUACACAAGCUGACUUUACACCUGAAACAAAUUGUGUAUCUACUCAAACGAAAAAAACAAAGUAACGCAAAUAAAGUGAAUGUUGCAGUUCAAUGUGAUUAUAAGCCCAUUCAAGUUGCAGCUAAUAAUGACGAAAAUGAAAAUUUUUUUUGACUGAACCACUCCUUUAAAGUCCAAUUAAACAAAUGUAUAGAGAAAAAGAAAAAUAUAUGUUUUAAAAUGUUAUCAAAUAUAAGUGAUGAGUGUUAAAAAAUGAAGAAAUUUACAUUAACUAUGUCUCCUUUUCACCUAAAUAAACAAUUUCUUUGCUAGCACAGCAGACUGCGUAAAUACAAGAAUAUUGAGUCUGAUAACAAAACUGAUGUUGAAAAGAACACAAUAAGGCAACAACGGAAAAAAAAGCGUCCUGGAGAUAACAUUUGAUAGAAUCUUUAUAGUCGUAAACCAACUUAAAGGAUUCGUUAAAUUAUCAUUUAAUAACACGUGUCCGUUGUGAAUUGAAAGCAAGGAUUUGUAAGGAUUGCAAAGAUUCCCUCUCAAAACAACAGUAGCAGUUAGAGCUAAUAAUUAUGCAUGGAUCAAUAAAAAAAUAUCUCCAAGGUGAUACCGAUACGAAAUAAACCCGAAUGUGAAAAGUUCAUUUUUCUUUAGCCGAAAAUAAUUCUUUCUUAUACCACAUGUUAGUGGCAACACUUAGCAAUUAUUAGUUAUUUCAUUUAAAUAUAUUUAUACUCUAUUUAUACGGUUUCACAAUAGUUAAUGUUACAACUUUAUUGAAAA